AAUCACUGUUGACGUCUUAGCUGUUGACAGCAUCAAACACAUUUUUUUCAAUACAUUUUCCUUUGGUGAAUCAAUAUCAAAACACCGCUUGGUGCCGAAUAGAGGCUAUCGCUGGUUUUAUAAAAAUAUUCGUACCCAGUGUCGCAACUAUGGACGCCAAACGUUAAAGUUAUGUAUAGGAUUUUAGGCAAUGGUCGUGUGUGGUGCGAGUUUGCGCGUCGACACGUUGCUUCUGGCCCAUGGACACAUGCCUAUCAGCAAGGCCACCAUAGCAAAACUCGACUGUAUACCAGUAAAACAACCGCUAGUCAGAUUAAUCGAACCACACCCGUUGACGACAAUGGAGCGCCUAGCGCAUCAUCUCAAGCGGUACCCUUAUCCAUCCCAAUAGUUCCUCAAGUUCCGAUAGAUUCAAUCAAAAAUAUCAUUGAGUUCAAGACUCCCGUGGGUUUGGUGGCGAAUGCAGUUGUCAACAAUGAUAAACAUGUGGUCGCUUCGCUUACAUCGAUCCCUGGCUUCAGUCGGUUACUGUACCACUAUAUGAUGUUAUCGAAGUUUCGACUAACCUCACUAGUGGUGAUGACAACCAUGGCUGGCUAUGCGAUGGCACCGGCACCAUUCGAGCUAUCAACCUUUCUGCUUUGUUCAUUAGGAACGACGCUCGUUUCCGGGGCAGCCAAUUCCAUCAACCAGGUGAUUGAAACAUCGUUCGAUGCACAAAUGGCCCGAACUCGCAAUCGAGUUCUGGUCCAAGGGCACCUGAGUCGUCUACAUGCGGUAGGGUUCGCAAUGGGUGCUAGCACUGCCGGAAUAGCCAUGUUAUACUUUGGCGUGAAUGAACUUACAGCUGUACUGGGUGCGGCCAACCUGAUACUCUAUACCAGCAUAUAUACACCUAUGAAGCGUUACAGCAUUCUGAACACCUGGGUCGGCUCGGUAGUAGGCGCUAUUCCACCCUUGAUGGGUUGGGCUGCUUGUACCGGAGAUAUCGGUGCUGGAGCAUGGAUCCUAGCAGGGUUGUUAUACUGCUGGCAAUUUCCUCACUUCAAUGCCCUCUCAUGGAACAUCCGUCCAGAGUAUCUGAAAGCGGGCUAUAAAAUGAUGGCUAAUUCACACCCAAAACUCUGCACUCGAGUUUCAUUGCGUCACACGGGAUACAUUACUGCUUUAUCAUUGCUAGCGCCGAUCUUGGAUGUAACGAACGUUUGGUUCGCCGUUGGAUCGAUUCCCGUGAAUGCAUAUUUCGCAUACCUUGCCUGGGAUUUCCAUCAGAAGGCCGACAGCAAAAGUUCGCGAAAGCUUUUCCGUUAUUCCUUACUUCACUUGCCUCUUCUUAUGGCUCUGUUCUUACUGAACAAAAAGCACUGGAUAUUCGCAGAAGAAGAUUCGAAUGAGGCAUCCAUUGCCGCUGUUAUGAUAGAUAACGAGCAGGAGACAGUGCCGAUGAAGAAAACAGACGCUUAUUUGAUACCAAAUAUUGUCGCCGAUGUGGCGAACAUUAGUGGAUCCAGUAGCAGCAGCGGCAGUUUCAAGGCAAUCGAGGAUCAUUUGCUGACAAAUGUGGCAAGCGUUCUACCUACGAAGACGCCGGCUGAGCAGAAACUGUGAAUGCAAUUUUGAUUGGUAUUAAAACAUUGUAAAUAAAAAAUUAGACAGUU